AUGAUCGGUGUGCAGGGCGGUCGAGAGAUUAUUUCGCUGCAAAACAACUGUGGUCAUCGCUCGGAGCAAGGUCUCCUAACUGUACUCUCAGCUCCUCUUAUGUAUAAAAACAUCAUUAUAGUCUUGUCUAUAUUAAUUGCUGCUGAUUGCAAAACAACCAACAACAAAUCCGAUGUUGAGAACACAACACACAACUGUCCCUUCACAAGAAUCAUUGAAGACAUAUUCAAUACUAAAAGAAGUCCAUCAAAUGCACCAUACUGGAAGGAGAGAGACACCGAGUUGUUAGUAAACGCGACAAGCUUCUUUGAAACUAACCAAAACAUAAGCAAAUCCAUUCAAGAAGAGCUAGUCAAUGACAUAAUAGCUUCUAUCAAAAGAAUAAAAGCUAAUCUAUCCAUAUCCGAUAACAAGCUAAAUGAAGCGAUAAUUAUAGCACCAGAACAUAAUGAAAACAAUCAUAAUAUGAACAAAAAAGUAACUCAAAUAAAGAGUGGUAUAGAAGACAAAACUGAUAUACAAAUGUCCGAACCAAAACAAAAUAAAGAACAAAGGAUUACAAAGCAAACAGAGAAACCCGACAGAAAUUCCUUUGUCGAAGUAUUAACUAUAGAACCUAACAACACAAAGUCAAAUACGUAUUCUAUUUUAGACGUCCUAAAAAAUCUAAUGCCCAAACUAAACGCAUCUAUAUCAAAAGAUCUUCAGAGCAUCACCAUUAUAGAGAAAAAUCAAAACAAAAAUCUUUCUGUAUCCGAAACGAAAAAUGUAUCGACCAUAGUCAUAAAGUACUGCGACAAGGAUAACUUGACGCAGACCAUUAACACGGAAGACGAGAAAAAAGAAGACGUAAAAUCAUUGAUUGGACACGAUUCAGCGACAGAUGAUGAUGAUGAUGAUGAAGAGGAUUACGAAGAAAUAGCUGAUGAUAAGAGCUAUAACAGCAGUCUCACCGAAAGCAGGAGAGAUAUAUUGGAAGCUGCUAAAUAUGGAAUGGAAAAAAUGCACGAAUUGUAUGGUGUGUUAGAACCAAAACUAUAUUCUAUGGGUCUUGUGUUGGAUGAAAAGGACCCAGCGCGUUACGUGGCCGCCUUUAAUGCACCAUCAGAAAACGCUGACAAUUACGCCAAGUAUGGAUACGCUUCACUCCAGGCAUCAGCGAGGUUUAGAGAACUAGCCAGUGUGGACAAUGACAACCUCGAGAGUCGUUCGGAAGAAAAUCAGUUUCCCGACGCCAGUUCCCUCCGCCAGUCACCACUAAUACAACAAUGUCCCCUUCGCGGCGCUCCCAAAUGUCCACCAGCAUCCAAAAGAUAUCGCACUCACGAUGGUACUUGCAACAACUUGAGCCGGCCCCGCUGGGGUGCUACCAUGACCCCGGUACAACGUUUCCUUCCACCAGUUUACUCCGAUGGUAUUCAAGCUCCAAGGAAAUCUAUUUUCGGCUCCACCUUACCUUCGGCCAGAGAAAUCAGCGCUCUAGUACACGAGGACAAGGAUUCUGAAAAUUCUGGAAUAACGCAUUUGCUCAUGCAGUGGGGACAGUUUUUGGAUCACGACAUAACAUCUUCCUCUCAGUCCCGAGGGUUCAACGGCUCAGUGCCGCGCUGCUGCAAGGAUGGAGGAAGAGACUUCAUACCUCAAGAGUUCAUGCAUCCAGAAUGUCUUCCGAUCCCCGUCCCUCCCUCGGAUCCCUUCUACGGUCCGCGCGGUGUUCGUUGCCUGGACUUCGUUCGUUCGUCUCCUGCACCGCGAGAGGACUGCGCCCUCGGCUGGAGGGAACAGUUCAACCACGUGUCCUCAUACAUCGAUGGAUCACCACUUUACGCCAGCUCCGCGCGGCAGUCGGACAGGCUGAGACUGUUCAGAAAUGGUAUGCUGCAGUAUGGGCGGGUGCAGCAGCGCCGUCCACUGCUGCCGGCUGAACGUGAUGAGCUUUGCCGUGGGGGCGCUCUGUCCACGGACUGCUUCAAGUCGGGAGACGCGCGGGUCAAUGAACACCCUGGGCUCGUGGCUAAACACAUCGUCUGGCUCAGACAACACAACCGAAUGGCCCAAGAACUGGCGCACCUCAACCCUCACUGGAGCGAUGAGAAAAUUUAUCAGGAAACACGGAAAAUAGUGGGAGCUAUGAUCCAACACAUUACUUACAGGGAAUUCCUACCGAUCGUUUUGGGUCCUGAAGUGAUGCGUCUUUUUGAGCUGGAACUCCUUCCGAAGGGCUAUUUCAAGGGCUACAGUGCCAAGACCAAUCCUAACCCAGCCAGUUCUUUCGGUACAGCCGCUUUCCGCUUUGGACACAGUCUGGUUCAAUCUUCGAUGAUGCGCUUCGAUAAGUUCCACAGACCGAUCAAUAACAACGUUUCCCUUCACGCGGAGCUUACAAACCCGUCAAACAUCUGGAGCGUGGGAGCCGUAGAUCGGCUACUCCUGGGUAUGCUGAACCAGCACAUACAGAAGAGGGACGAAUUCAUUACAGAAGAACUCACCAACCACCUGUUUCAAACCAAUCAUUUCAACUUCGGGAUGGAUCUGGCUGCUAUCAACAUUCAGCGAGGAAGAGACCAUGGAGUACCGCCGUAUACCGCGUGGAGGGAGCCUUGUGGACUGACGCCUAUCACGGACUUCGAUGACUUAGUGAGAGUGAUGCCAGCACGAGUCGUGAGGAAAUUGAAAGUGUUAUACAGACACGUAGAUGACCUGGACCUGUUCACGGGAGGCGUAUCGGAGCGUCCUGUGGCAGGCGCGCUUGUGGGGCCGGUGUUUGCAUGCAUCAUCGCUCAACAGUUCUCAAACUUACGGAAAGGAGAUCGCUUCUGGUAUGAAAAUGGUGGAUUCGAUUCAUCUUUCACUCCGGCUCAAUUGCAACAAAUAAGACGGAUAUCUCUGUCCCAGGUCCUUUGUAGUACACUGGACUCCAUAGAUAACAUACAACCUUUUGCUUUCCUUUCACAUGAAAAUCCAAAAAAUGACAGGAUAUCGUGCCGUAACGGCUUACUUAACAAUUUUGACCUCUCCGCUUGGAUCGAAUUACACUCAGACUCAAAUAAUAUUAAGAAAUCUGACGAAACUCAACAAAGUUCUAAGACGAAAUUAAAGCGAACUACAGUAAAACCGACCACGACCACUAAACAUUCUCAAAAAACUACUCAAACUUUGACUCAACAAAAAUCUGAAAAAUUUAGACUUAAUAAUAUGACUGAGACUGAAAACACUGACAAGGACAAAGACACAAACGUAGACUCAAAAGAACCGAUAGGGAUCAAACCCAACGCUACAGUAGUUAUAGAUGACAAACUAGACUUUAGAAAUAAAUCACGACGCUUUACUGACUUUGACGACGAAAGAAACCCCCCGACUAGACAAUACAAUGACUAUUAUGAUGACGUGCAAAACGUACAAUCAGUUGUUAUCAACAAUAUACCAAAUAAUAGACCUAACAGACGACCUUACAUAUCAGUUACUGAAAAUAUUGCUGACAAAUACACGUAUCUCAUUAACUAUGUCCCCCGACCGACUCACUCCUGGCGGCAAACUACCAGACGUACUCACGAUCGUGACGUAGUAAAAGUCACAUAUCAGACUUACGAAGACACUUACGGCCGUCCAAAUAGACCUUACUUUAAUAGGGACGAACUUGACAAUGACUUUGAAUCACGACAACAGAAGCCUGUGACGGAGAGCUUCCAAUCAUCAGCUAGAUCGAUUGAUAACGAAGCGCCGAGUCCACAGUUGAAGUUAUCAACUGAGAGCUCAGUGCAGACUGAAAAAAACAGACCAAUUGAAACACAGACAGACAAAACUGACGCGACAACAGAAAACUUGUACAAACUUUUAACUUUUGGCUACGUAGGAACUUAUAAACGAGACAAAAUUGUAAAUGAUGACAACAAAGACUUGAAAGACAAUAAAAAUAAACAUGACUCUGACCACAACAUUAGUUUAGACUUUUCGACAGUAGCAAAUACUGAGACAGACGUUGAUGACAAACAAAACGUUAAACUUUCAACCUUCAUAAUUUACGAUACAGCUACUAAACCUUACCUGACCAGCUCACAGAGACCGACUAGACGUAAUGAUGACGAAACUACGGAAAAGAAAGACAAAUAUUAUUUCAUUCAAAAUGUCUUACAUAAAUAUUCUGAAACAAAGGGCGAUGACCCCAAGAAAACGAGCAGUGUAAAAGAUAAAACAAAUACUGACGAAUACAUAGGGAUCGAGCAGAGAUUAGGAAACGACAGCUUAGACGAUGACGAGAAACCAGUGAAUGUGAGAGCGAAGAUUAAAUCAAGAAAACCAUCGAGCUCAGCGAAAACACCAUCCGUCGCUUUUCAAAUUAUUCCAAGCGAAAAUAAUCCAUCACAAUGGGCGGUUUAUGAGGAGAAAGAAGAUCUUUCGGGGCAAAUACCACAAAUGCCAAGCAUUAAGGUCGACCCACACGCUCUACGGGAAGUGCCAAGACCUAUGAAUUUUGGUUUUAGAAAACGACACGGAUAA